CUCCUCUCCACCCAUCCUUUCCAGUCUCGCCAUACCACACUCUGCUUCUUGACUGACGAUAUAGCUCACACUAGUAGCUCAAUCACUGCCACUCAAGAACAAGUUGGUCUGCACCACGCACUGAGUCGCUGCCGCUCGCAUCCUCAUCGUACCAGCACGCUACCCACAAGUGGCGCAUACAUAUACUCCCAUCCCUCAUCCGGCACCUCUUCCCUCCCCUCAUACCAACCCAACCUCAACUUCUCCACUCUCCUCUCUUCUCUUUCCCUUACCACUUCCCCCCACUCCAUCAGCAGCAAUGAUCCGCCUGGUCCUAAUCCAAAAUCGUCAAGGCAAAUCCCGGCUGAGCAAAUUCUACGUACCUUACGAUGAGGAGGAGCAGGUGCGCAUAAAAGGCGAAGUGCACAGGUUGAUUGCUCCGAGAGACCAAAAGUAUCAGAGUAAUUUUGUAGAGUACCGCAACUACAAGAUCGUCUACCGUCGGUACGCCGGUCUCUUCUUUUGUGUCUGUGUAGACGCAAACGACAACGAGCUAGCCUAUCUAGAAGCCAUCCACUUCUUUGUAGAAGUUCUAGAUUCCUUCUUUGGAAACGUUUGCGAAUUGGACCUGGUCUUUAAUUUCUACAAGGUAUAUGCAAUCUUGGAUGAGAUUUUCUUGGCGGGAGAAAUUGAAGAGACGUCGAAGAGUGUGGUAUUGAAGAGGUUGGAGCAAUUGGAAAAGCUCGAAUAGCUAUAGGAGCGAGCACGACUUAAUGUCACCUAUACCCCUCCACCAUGCUUCGCUGGUUCCUCUUUCAAAACUAUCCAAUACCAUUCCUCUCCUGCGGGUCACCCUCGCAUCUGUAUUCUAGCCUCCUCUCCUCCUCACGUUCAUCAAUCGCACUGUCUCACAGACACGGCUUUACUUGCUC